GGAAAGUUGGUUGGCUUAAAGCACAGCAGAGAGCCUCCAGAGCUGGCCAGUGUGGGUUACCUACACCAAGGGAAUGAGAGGUUCAUCACUUCUUCCAGGGCUCUGCUUCCUGCUGAGUUUGCCAGGUGCUGUGGCUCAGAAGGCCAAAGCUUCCUGUCCUCGGUGUCCCGAGAAUGCCUUUUGUGUCAAUGGGACUUACUGUACCUGUGACUCUGGAUAUGCUUCCGGAUCUGGGCAAAAGUUCUUCACAUUCCCCUUGGAGAUAUGUAAUGAUAUUAAUGAAUGUGAACCACCCUUUAGUGUGUAUUGCGGAUUAAAUGCUGAAUGUCAGAAUGUUGAAGGAAGUUUCCACUGUCACUGUGUCUCUGGAUACAGUCUCCUUUCUGGGGAUACAGAAUUCAAGAAUUCCAAUGAGAACACUUGUCAGGACACCACCUCCUCAAAGACACCACCAAUCAAAGGCAAGAAAAUGCUGCAACAGGUUGUUGACAACUUUGAGUCACUUGUCACCAGUAAGACUCUCUGGGAAAAAGGAGAGAAGAGAGAAGUUGCAUCCGCAACCACCUCCAUCCUCCGAAAUGUGGAAACAAGUGCUCUGGAAAGUGCUCUGAAAGCCCCAGACCAAAAAGUCCUGAAAGCCCACAACAGUGCUAUGGCUGUUGAAACUCAAGUUGUUACAGACAACUGCUUAGAGGAAAGAAAGAUCAUCAGCUUGCAGGCUCAGAGGAACUCAAUGGACAUCCACUGCAAUGCCGUCGUUCAGGGAAACACGCAAGGUCCCAGUGCAGUUGCCUUUAUUUCAUACGUUUCUCUUGGCAACAUCAUAAAUGCAACUUUUUUUGAAGAGAUGAACGAGAGCGAUCGAGUCUACCUGAACUCCCAGGUAGUGAGUGCUGCUAUUGGACCCAAAAGGAACACUUCUCUCCCCAAGACUGUCACUCUGAGUUUUCAGCACACAAAGAUGAAGCCCAGUGGCAAAAAGGCUUUCUGUGUCUACUGGAAAAGCUCCCAGGAGGGUGGCCGCUGGUCCACAGACGGCUGUUUCCUGAUACAUGUAAACGAAAGUCACACCAUAUGCAACUCCACCCACCUGUCCAGCUUCGCUGUCCUCAUGGCCUUCACGAGCCAGGAGGAAGAUCCCGUGCUCACUGUGAUCACCUACGUGGGGCUGGGCCUCUCUCUGCUGUGCCUCCUCCUGGCAGCCCUCACCUUCCUCCUGUGCAAAGCCAUCCAAAACAUGAGCACCUCACUCCACCUGCAGCUCUCACUCUGCCUCUUCCUGGCCCACCUCCUCUUCCUCGUUGGGAUUGACCAAACCAAGCCCCAGGUGCUGUGCGCCAUCAUUGCUGGUGCCUUACACUACCUCUACCUGGCCGCCUUCACCUGGAUGCUGCUGGAGGGCCUGCAUCUCUUCCUCACUGCAAGAAACCUGACGGUGGUCAACUACUCCAGUGUGAACAAACUCAUGAGGAAGCUCAUGUUCCCUGUAGGCUACGGAGUCCCGGCUGUGAUUGUGGCAAUUUCUGCAGCAUCCAGACCUCACCUUUAUGGAACACCUGAACGAUGCUGGCUACACCUGGACCAGGGAUUCAUCUGGGGUUUCCUUGGCCCCGUCUGUGCCAUUGUCUGUGUGAAUUUAGUAUUUUUUAUCUUGGUCCUUUGGAUUUUGAAAAGGAAAAUUUCCUCCCUCAACAGCGAAGUGUCAACCAUCCAGAACACAAAGAUGCUGACAUUCAAAGCAACAGCUCAGCUCUUCAUCCUGGGCUGCACGUGGUGUCUGGGCAUCCUGCAGGUAGGCCCAGCUGCCCAGUUCAUGACGUACCUCUUCACUAUCAUCAACAGCCUGCAGGGCGUCUUCGUCUUCCUGGUCUACUGCCUCCUCAGCCAGCAGGUCUGGAAGCAAUACCAAACGUGGUUUAGAGAGAUCGUGAAAUCAAAAUCCGAGCCUGAGACUUACACACUUUCCAGCAAGUUUGGCCCUGACUCAAAACCCAGCCAAGUAAGAGAACCUGUGGCUUAUUCUAGUGUCUCACCCCCUUGAUGCCCCUGCCUUCCUCUUUUUGUCUUAGUCCAGAGCUCCUUUCAUGGAGAGUAGAGGGAAGAGUUAUACUCUUGUCCUGAACACUUGGUUUGCAUCUCUCAUUCUCACUAUAUUGUUCCUCAGUUACUCUUCCCUGCUCACUAACAAUACUUGAGCUGACCUUUGUAUAUGUUUGCACCAUGCAAACAGACAGGGGUAAAACAUCACCAACACCACGUGGUGUCCAUUUAAUGUAGAACUCUAUGAAGGGAGACUUAUAGGCAUAGAAGUAGCAGAGCAGUCAUCAUCCCCCAAACCUCCACCAUCCUGUAGAAAGGUGGAUGGGAGCCCAGUGGAGUCAGUGGAUACCAUGGAAAGGGCCCACCCCAGAUGGUCUACCUAAUUAUAGGGAAAGCAUGCAGGGAAUGAUGGGACUUUACUGGGGAAGAAAUGCCCUGUUAGAAAGGGGACACCUCUGGAGCUCCGUUGCUGGUAUUUGUUCUUCCACUGAGCUAACUCAGGCUCAGUGCAUCAAAGAAUGAGCUUCCAGCAUGAUGUGAGGCUUCCCUUCAUAGUUCUUUCUUAUUUGCCCUUUUGGAAAGAAGAUAGAAAAUACUUCUAAGAAGGUAUGUGUGGAUGAGCAAGAAGGGCUCCAAAGCUCUGGAUCCAUAAAAUCUCUUCCGAUCUUGUUUGGUUUCAUGCCUUCCAAGGGCACACUCACCACAUCCGCUUACCAAAGAGCCUCAGAAUACCUUGUUUAUAUUGAGAAAAUUCUGUUAAAUCACCUUCUAUACUUCUUAAGAUAAUUUGUGAUUUUCCUCAGCAGUGAAAAACUAUAUUGAGAUCACUAAAGAAACGUCUGUGUUUUAUCGGAAGGUUGUUAUUGUUGUGUGCCAUCGAGUCGAUUCCGACUCGUAGCAACCCUACAGGACAGAGUAGAACUGCCCGAUAGGGUUUUCUAGGCCGUAGUCUUUAUGGGAGCAGAUCACCAGGUCUUUUCUCCCACAGAGCUUCUGGUGGAUUGAAACCGCCAACCUUCUGGUUAGCAGCCAAGUGCUUGACCAUUGUGCCAGAGGGGUGGGGAAUUAAUUAUAACUCCUUCCAUAAGGGCCAAGAGGAAAAGGGACCAGGAAAAAAGUCUUAAGGCCUGUCAAGUAAUCAGAAAAUUUUUUAUGAAUAUCAGGCUUAAUCAUUCUCAAUUGAGGUAAAAUUAUGAUAGGUGCUGACAACUGACUGUGGCCUAUGAAGUGUUUCCCAGAUAAUCCAAAACAAUUUCCAAAGCUGCCCAUACUCCAGUUACUGGUUCCCCACAAUGAAAUAAGGAAGUUUAUUUUUAUGAUUACUUAACAUUGGGGAAACUCAAAGAUGAGUGUAUCUUUGAAAAGGUAAAAUCUAAAAUAAAAACUGAGUCUCCCUUUAAGAAAUACAUUAGGUUUAAUUAAAAGAAUCUCUUAAGCUUCCCACUCCCCCUCCCCCAGCACAGGAUGUGAGUAAAGAGUUAGUAGAAUCUUUUCUCUUUAUCUGUAGACAAAUUUGACCUUCGUUUAACUUUCUGGCUGUGUUCCCCCUGGAAACUUGAUAAAGAAGGAAGGUCAGCUGUGUGACCAGACAGCAUUGUUUAUAGUAAAAAAUAUGCUUAACUGGUAAAUUGCCAGACAAUGAGUCAAAAACUCCUGGAGGGAAGUCAUAACUUUGGGCUUCCUGCAUACAAUGACUCUUGUAACUGGUUGUGUGUCUUACCAGGACUACUAGAAGCUAUGCCCAUGGGCUGCUAAAGGAGAUACUGGUUCCACAUCUAAACAAGGCUGUAAUUGUGGGAAGCAAAAAGAAUACUUGCUGAUUUCUACAAUGUGUCAGGCAUUCUGCUAGGCCAUGGCCAUACAGAAACGAACAAGACCAACACAGUUAUUGCCUUCAGGGAGUUUAGAGUCUAGCCUUUCCUCAUAGAAAAACGACAACAUUCCGAGAGCUGAAAUUCUGUGUGAGACACUAUAUCUGAAAAUUUUUCAAAGGGAAGCAUUCUUUGUCCUGGGUUGUUGAAAAGUCCUCCCAAUAAAAGCUAAAAAGACCACACCUGCCCUAGGAUUCUAAAUGCUGGGAGAUCCUGCCAUCCUUGCUGAGGUGCUUGCUGAAUGAAGCUCUCUGAAUUUAACACAUUCCUGAUCUUUCAUUCAGUUUUUGUGUGUUUUUUUGUUUUGUUUUGUUUUUUGUUUUUAUCCUUAUAUCCACCUUUAAUCUAAACAUCUCUUUUUUGGGGGGUGGGGGGC